AUGUCGUACGACCGCUACGUUGCCAUCUGCAAACCCCUGCACUACGGGACCCUCCUGGGCAGCAGAGCUUGUGUCCACAUGGCAGCAGCUGCCUGGGCCACUGGGUUUCUCAAUGCUCUGCUGCACACGGCCAAUACAUUUUCACUGCCCCUGUGCAAGGGCAAUGCCCUGGGCCAGUUCUUCUGUGAAAUCCCCCAGAUCCUCAAGCUCUCCUGCUCACACUCCUACCUCAGGGAACUUGGCCUUAUUGUGUUCAGUCUGUUAAUCGGUUUUGGCUGUUUUGUGUUCAUUGUGGUGUCCUAUGUGCAGAUCUUGAGGGCCGUGCUGAGGAUCCCCUCUGAGCAGGGACGGCACAAAGCCUUUUCCACCUGCCUCCCUCACCUGGCCGUGGUCUCCCUGUUUGUCAGCACUGUCAUGUUUGCCCACCUGAAGCCCCCCUCCAUCUCCUCCCCAUCCGUGGACCUGGUAGUGUCUGUUCUGUACUCGGUGGUGCCUCCAGCAGUGAACCCCCUCAUCUACAGCAUGAGGAACCAGGAACUCAAGGAUGCCCUCUGGAAACUCAUAUCUUAG